UGGCUUUUUAUAUUUUACUCAGAGGAGCGUAUUAUAUGCAAUAAAAAAUUCUCAAAUUUUUCUUAGUUUUGCUCAUAAUUCGAAUCGAAUAGCACACGAAAAAUGUCGCUGCUAAAAAUCUGUGUUUUACUAGGAGUGAUUGUUCUAACAGCCGCAGAAGUUGUCGAUAUUAAACCAUGCGGCGAUAUCGACGCUUGUACUAUUCAUGAGGCACGCAUUAGUCCUUGCCCAGAGGCGCUGGAUCAUAAGGCAUGUCGCGUGAGUCGUCGCCGCAAGAGCAGUGAAAUGUCUUACGACUUUUCGACGAAUUUCGAUGCGCCGACUUUGGAGGCCGGCUUGGCUUGGCAUAAGAGCGAAACACAAGAUUUACCAUUGAUCACUAUGGACAGGAAUGCUUGCAAGUACACUUCAUGUCCAGUUGUCGCUAAUCAAACUCAAACAUAUAGGAUAGAUAUCCCGCUGGAUACGAAAUUCCCAAUGCAUACCUACGCAAUCAAAUGGACA